AUGCUUCACAAAGUUCAACAUCAACUAAUAUGGGCAUUGGCAUUCACCAUGUUGCUCACGCCGACUUCUAGCCUAAUCAGGUCAGGGAAUGCCGGAUGGACAUCAACAGUCGCACCCAAUCUAGAUCUCCUAAGUGAUUUAAGUAGGCAUUUGAACAUGCAACUAAUGAAGCUAGGUAAAGUUGAGCUGGCUCAUGCGACGAUAAACCCACUAGAACCAAUUGGUUCUUUUGCCGUUUGUGUCAUUAGGGGUAACUUCAAUGGCGCUGUAUCCAGUAACAUCACAAGACGAGAAGUGUUAUCAGUUGUUAGUUUUACCUUCGAAGCUGAGAAAAGGGGGAGUAUUUUAUUUAGAUUCUUGCUUAUAAAGUCACUUUUUGGCGCUGAAGAAUGCUCGUAUUUUUCAAUUCACUUGGCAAACAUUGCGGUCUUCAAAUAUGGUACUAUAAGUUCAGGCAAAGGUGGUAGGCGAACCGGGUCUGAACCUGUCUCGAAACCAUCUAACUAUUACGGUAAACAAGGGAAAGAUAUUACCAAAAGCAUAGAGUGUGUACCAAUUGUGCUAGGUAGUGCCUUCUGGAUUGUAAUUCAUGUUAGCGAUGUAUUAGGGAUGAAGUUCCUUUCACGACUUCAGGCACUGGAAUUAGAAUGCUCUAGGACUAAUGUAUUCUAUCCACAAGUAUAUGAGAAGCGUACUUCUCAAGCAACUGGUGUUAUACCUUUGGCUUAG